ACAAACACACGACUUGCACGCACUCUCGACUCUCACUCUCGUACACCACUACCACAUGCAUGCUCAAAAUAGAUCAAGAUAGGAACGUAGGUCAACCGAAGCUGCUGGACCCGUUCAUGUGCUGGGGAUAAGAAGCAGAAGACUUAUCUGCCCUCUCAUGUUGAUCUGCACAUGAUCUGGAGUUUCAUCUGAAGCAAAUCAGGACUGCAACAUGUCUGAAACAGAUGAACAGCCAGUUAUCCUUCAAAGCGGACUAGAAGAGCCUCUAUGCCCUGCCGUCACCUCUGUGUCACCCAUUGUAGCAUCUGAAGGCUUCGUAACUACUGCCGAUGUGUCUUGUACAUCAGUUACAGCCCUUGAUAAUCGUCCAACGUGUUCGGACAAUGAGGCCCGGUGUGCUGGCCCUUCUUAUGAAACCAUCUCCAAACUGUCAGAACUAAAGAGUUCUCCCUCAUGUACGACGGAAGUGAAUGAAAUUGGCAACGUUGAGAUGUUCAGUCAAGAGGAGGCAGAAGUGUGCGUGGCGAAAGACUGUACAGUCACAGCAGAAGGAACGAAGGAUGAAAACUCUGCAGGUACUCUUUUUUCUACGACGCAAAGGGAGAACUUAACGCAGUGCCAUGAUUCUGUUGGAUCAAUCACUCAAACUUCGCAACAGGACAGUGGUGAAAUUGAAAGAGAAUCUAAUAUUAUAGUACCGUCCGAGACUGUAUCUGAGUCAACUCUUUGUUCACGUAAUGAGGAUGUCAGUGCAACAGAGACAAUGGAGACGGCUGGCGGGGAGGCAGCUGCAGGAGCUUCAGGCUCACACCCUCAGCCGUCUCAAUGUCCAGCUCCGGCUGAGGAUAUUCCUGCUGAGUCGGCCACUGCUGUCCAAGACCACAUGAUGGCAGAAUAUGACGUGGAGCCGGCUGUUUACGCAGAUUCCAGCUAUUGUCUGGCCAGAACAUGCGUCCCUCAGUUCCUCGCAGAAGCCAGGAAAGAAUUUGAGGAAGGAAGUGGAGAUAAUUUCUUAAGGGGCUGCAAAUGGUCUCCGGAUGGAUCCUGCAUUGUUACUAACAGCAACGAUAACAGACUUCGACUCUACAGCGUUGUCCAUGACCAGGAUACCAGUAUG